GAAAGGUUAGGUAGGUAAGGUCACAAUUUAGUUCUCAAAAAAAAAUCUCGAUUCGAUUCGAUCAUCGUUUCUCAGCUCACCGAUCAUCUUCGUAGAUCUCUCCUCUCUCGAUUUGUUUUCUUUCGGAAUCUUCUUGCGUCGAUCCAUGUGCUUGUUCCGCAGAUGCGCAGUUUCUGUUUAAGAUUCCUGAAUCGUUAGAUGAUUUGCCUCUGUUUGAUCAAUAGCAUAUCUGAUCGGCUUUAGUUAAUAACAACAUCUUCACUUAGAUUCUGAUUGCAUCAUCCACUUGAUUUCGAUAGAUUUCUUCAGCUAGAAGCAGCGAGUACAGUUCAAGAUGGCUUCGAAAAGAAUCAACAAAGAGCUUAGGGACCUCCAAAGGGAUCCUCCUGUCUCAUGCAGUGCCGGUCCUGUGGGUGAUGAUAUGUUCCACUGGCAAGCGACUAUCAUGGGCCCAACUGAUAGCCCAUUCUCCGGAGGUGUGUUUCUUGUUUCCAUUCACUUCCCUCCAGAUUACCCCUUCAAGCCACCAAAGGUUUCUUUCCGCACCAAGGUUUACCACCCGAAUGUCAACAGCAAUGGCAGCAUCUGUCUUGACAUUCUGAAAGAGCAGUGGAGCCCUGCGCUUACCAUAUCCAAGGUCCUUCUGUCGAUAUGCUCACUGCUGACAGAUCCAAACCCUGAUGACCCUCUGGUUCCAGAAAUAGCUCACACCUACAAGACAGACCGAGUCAAGUACGAGAGCACUGCCCGAUCCUGGACCCAGAAGUAUGCAAUGGGAUGAUGAUGAUUGGCAAUAAUAAUCCGCACCAAUACAUUGCGCAUUGUCUAAGAAUAUGAGAAAUAAGAUUGAAAAAAAACAGAGUGUGGCGUUUUGCUUGGUUGCUUUAUUAGUUUUAUCAUCAUCUUAAGCCGUGUGUUGGUUUGUGUACAUGAGCUUUAUAUUGAGACAUUUUGAGAGCUUGCAAUGCUAUAAAGCCAAUAACUGGUUAUUAUAUGAUUA